GUACAAACCAUGUUUGCCCUCGUUCGCCGCUUCCAUGCUCUUCGCGUCUCCCUGCUCCAGCUCGAGCUCGGACCCAACGGAUAUCCUAUCAGCCCGAUCCACGAUUGUGUCGACGAGGUCCCUCCAGAGGAAUGGCUGUCUGCAUACACCGAUACCAUCGAUCAGGCUGACGCCAUGAACGCCAACGGUGUCACUGCGAACAUCCCAGAGUGGGCGGACAGCACUCCUGCUGGAAACAAUGCCAUCCGAAUGUGCAAGAAAGGUUACUAGAAUGGGGAGCAUAUCUCAUUGUUGGAAGAUAGCAUAACACGUCAUGCUCUGUCUCUGCCCCAUCUCACCUGUUGAUUGUAGAUCGAACAUUUGCCGAUCAGGUGCGGCACUGAGAGCUCGUACGUGCGGUGAAGUCGAUCGUUAUGAAUGAAUGCUGGACGAUUGUU